GGAAGUGGCUGCGCGUGUGGGGCAAGAUGAAUUCCAGAGGCGCUGCUUCUCUGUUGAAGGAUAGUAUCCCAAUUACUGAAUUUUCAGCUUCAGGACCAUUUGAAGGUCAUGAUCUUCUGCGUAGAGGCUUUACAAGUGUGAAAAAUGAAUUGUUGCCCAGCCACCCACUGGAGUUGUCAGAAAAAAAUUUCCAGCUAAAUCAAGAUAAAACAAACUUUGCCACGCUGAGAAAUAUUCAAGGACUCCACGCACCUUUAAAGCUGCAGAUGGAAUUCAGAGCAGUGAAACAGGUCCAGCGUCUCCCAUUUCUUCACAGCUCAAACAUAGCACUGGAUACUCUGAGGGGAAAUGGUGAAUGCAUUGGUUUUGAGGAUAUCCUUAAUGAUCCUACACAGAGUGAGGUUAUGGGAGAACCACACAUGAUGAUGGAAUACAAGCUUGGUUUAUUGUAACAAAAUGUACUCCACAAAAAUGUUUUGUGCGUGUCUUUAUACUGCAGAUCUAAAUACAUGAUACUAAAUUGACACUCAGUGUUAAGCAGUCCUACAGUUACCAUUUGCCUUCCUUGAUGAAAAGGCACAUUAAAUGUUUAAAGUCUAUAAAUUGUUCUGUGCUUGUUGUCAAUUAUAUAAAUGUCCUGUAACUAGGUAGUUUAAAUAAUGUCUCUUCGUACACUGCUCAGGACAGUAGCUUCUUAACUGUGGAAAUGCUAUAUAUGUAUACAAGAAAUCCAAAAAUACCCAUGCAUUUUAAAACUGAUUACUGUAGGUAAAUGCAUUUAAUGGAUGUUCUUGCAGAAGAACUUUUUAAGGGGGAAAAGAAGGUAUUUUCCAUUGAGUAACUCUUUGUUCAUGAAAAUUUCCAUACACUUUUUAAACUAUUGAAUAAAGGUUUGCUAUAAAUGCUGUUGCGUUCCAAAAUAUAU